CGUCGAUCGCACAGUAAUACCAAACACGGCGACGAAGUUCAGGCAAGAUUGUCAUGGCUCAACCCGGUUCAUUCCAGAACCCUAACAACCGCCAGCGACCGGCGCAGCUUAACGCGACGCCAGGCUUCAGUGCGGCUCCUCAAUUCCCGUCGCAGCCGGCCAUGGGCCAGCAGCGCACGCCACAGCGCGGACCUGCGCACCAGUUUUACCAGAAGCCCUCAGCUUCUCCAGCGCAAGCUCCGACGUCGGACGGAUUCUUUAACCAGCAGGCUUCUCCGGCCUUCACUCAAGACUUCCACCAACCAGGAAUGAAUUCGGUCCCUCCUGCACAGCAGCAGUUCCAGUCGACUCCCGCAGGCUUUCAACACCGUCAUCCGGCACAGGGCAACAACUUCGGAGAUUAUGCGCAAAACGCCCCGCAGCAGACCCCGCCGAACAGCAACCCGCGGCCACAUAUGCAACAGCCUCAGCAGACGCAACAAGCGGACUUUAUCAACCAGUUCUCCAGUAACCCGAUGGCAGGGCUGGCGAUGAACAGUGCCCAAGAUUUCUUGCAAAAGCAGUCGGAGAUGUAUCUACCCGGAGCGUAUGGCGUCUGGGGCAGCUUGAAGUACUACUUCACUGUCAACAACUCUUACGUUAAGAGUCGUCUCAACAUCUUGCUGCUCCCGUUCCGGCACAAGAACUGGCGCCGCAUUGGCAAUGGCGAGCAAGACGGGUCCAAGCUGAUGCAAUACGCUCCUCCUACUCGUGACAGCAACGCACCCGAUCUCUACAUCCCGCUGAUGGGAUUUCUCACCUAUGUUUUGCUUGUGGGCUACUCUAAGGGCACAUCGAAUCAGUUCAGCCCCGAUGUGAUCACCAAGGAUGCGAGCUACUGUCUUGUGAUGCAGUUGAUCGAGAUCGGAGUUCUGGCCGCCUGCCUCUACGUGCUCAACAGCUCCAUCUCGUUCCUCGACUUGGUAUCAUUUUCGGGCUACAAGUAUAUCCCGUUGGUAAUCAAUGCGGUCGUCUUCCAGUUGCUCGGCUCAAUCGCUUACUACGUGUCGCUACUGUACACUGGUGUGGCUGUGUCCUAUUUCACGCUUAACUGCAUGAAAGGAAGCGUAGCGGAACCCACUUCUGAGAACCGCCUCUUCCGGAACUAUCUGCUUUUUGGUGUGUCGUGCUUGCAACUCAUUCUCGUCUGCUGGAUCUCAUACACCACCGCUCCUGGUGAAUAA